ACCACGUAGAUUCCUUCGUUCUGUUAUGUCAAUGGAAUGCAUUCUCGCGAUUGUCGAAGGUAGUGAAUGAUAGUGGCAUGACUUUAUUAUAUGUACUAUAUGUUGAUUUUAUUUAAAAAAUUAAAAAAGGAGAACGACGAGAUGGGCAUAUUUUUCGCUAAGAAGAAACCACAAAGUCGCAUUACAGAACAGGACAAGGCUAUCUUGCAAUUGAAACAAACCAGAGAUAAAAUCAAACAAUAUCAACGUCGAAUCGAACAAAAUCUUGAAAAGGAACGACUUCUAGCUAAGAAACUUAUACAUAAUGGACAGAAAGAUCGGGCUCUAUUAUUACUGCGUAAAAAGAAAUUUCAAGAGCAAAUUCUGUCAAAGAUCGAUGGCCAAUUAGAAAAUUUAGAAAUUAUGGUACAUGAUAUAGAAUUCGCGCAGAUAGAAAUUAAAAUUGUUGAUGGCCUAAAAGAAGGAAAUGCUGCAUUGAAAAAGUUACAUAAUAUUCUUUCUAUUGAUGAAAUUGAAAAAGUUAUGGAUGAAACAAGAGAAGGCAUUGAAAAACAGAAGGAGUUGGAUGAAAUAUUAUCUGGUGAACUUACACAAGAAGAUGAAGCAGAAGUAGAAGCAGAAUUGGAUGUUUUAUUGAAUGCAGACAUAAAAGAAGCUCCGCUGGAAAUAUCAGAUGAAAUAAUAUUGCCAGAAGUACCUACAGAUUUACCAGAAAGGAGGAAAGAACGAGUAAAGGAAAAAAUGCAAGAAGCAAUUGCUUUAGAAGCGUGAAAGACAAAUGGGUAGUAGAAGUAAAACUUCGACUACCUCAAAACUAUGCAAAACUGUUUUGUACAUAUGUACAGUGUAUAAUUGUAAGAUAUUAGUUAUAAAGUCAAUAACAUUUAAUUGAAAAUUAUAAAGUUGCUUUUAUUAUGAGUCUUAAAGGACUUAAACUAUUGAAAAAAUUAUUAUUGCGGAAAAUACAAUUAGUAAACCAAAUGUGUGGUGUUUUAAAAGAUAAGACUAUAAUUGAUAAAAUUAUAUAACUUUUUACGUAUAAAAUAGUUUUAAUUACAGGUAUGUUAAUUACGCUUACAUAUCCUUGUAAAAGCUAUACUUUGUUUUGGACUUCCCAUUACGAAAUAUUUAGAAAUAACUAUGGAAUUACUAAUUUUUCCAAAAGAAUAAAUUGAUUAUUAUUUUCGUUGUUUAUAAUUUAAACGGAACUAGGAAUCUAAUAUUUUUGAAGAGUAUAAUAACUUUUAUGAAUGUGAUUUAAAAGAUUAUGACGUAAUCAGAUUCUAUCGUAACAUUAUCGAUAUUUCGAGGAGUAUAAUAUCGUAUACACUUGUUUCUACGUUCCACAUGAGAGUAUUAUAUCAAUAAAUUUUUUAAAUGCAUUAUUCAUCUAGUAUUGUUCUUUGUUGACAUGUUACAAUAUUGUGGUUUAAAGGAUCGUACAUUAGUUUUUUAUAAAAUAAAAUCAUGCUGAGAUCAAAUUUGAAAUAUGCUAUAUAAACACAUUGUUCAUACAUAUAGCAUAUACUUAAAAACUUGUAAUUAUUCGUAGACUAAGUAAUAUCAAGUUAAAUGAUGUAAGAAGCAGGAACAAAGUGUUCGAAUCCCUGCAUCUAAAAUAUCAGUACGUAGUAAAAUAUUUUUAUACAGAA